CCUGCUUACAAAAACUAAUAAAUCGCCGUGCAACUUUUUUAAAAAAAUAUAGUUAAAACAAAAUGAAUGGCUCAAUGCGUGCACUUCCAUUCGGAGACCUAUAUAUAAACACACGCACACACUUAUCAGUUCUCACCCAAGCCUACCCUCCUCAAAGACCAAAUCCUCCUCUCGAACAACCGCCGGAGCCAACCACCGCCGCCGCGCCACCGCGCGCCGGAGAAUAUGGAGCUCCUCGACAUGGUGCCCGCGGACGCCAUCGCGCUCCGCCUCUACUCCCUCCCGGCGGCGGCGGCGGCCGUCGGCUCGCUCUGGGCGUGGCUCGUCGCCGCCCUCGCCGCCGCCGUCGGCCUGUGGCGCAUCCGCGCCGCCGCCGGUGUCCGUAGCGCCCUCGUGGACGACGACGACUACAAGCAGCGCAAGGCGAAGCAGCCGCGCGGUGCUCUGCGGCCUGCCGGCGUCGGCGAGGCACGGCCGGCUCGCGCCGAGGCGGCGGAGUCGGAGGCGACGACGCCGACCUCCCCGAGCGAGCCGAGCACGCCUUCCAAGGUCCGGUUCACGGCGUACUACGGCGGCGAGGGGGACGGCGCCGACGAGGGAGUCGUGGACAGCGUCAGGAGAUGCGUGGACAACGACGGCGACGGCGAGGGGGAGACGCCGACGGCGCCGGUGAGGCGGACGGCGUCGGGGAGGAGGAGGUGGUCGACGACGACGACGACGACGACGGCGCCAUUCAUGGCGACGCCGUGGGAGGAGAGGGAGAUGGCCGUGAGGAGGAGGGGAGACCUGGGGUGGUACCGCCACCUCGACAUGGCGGCGCUCGACGGAAGCGUCGUCCGGCUGUGGGACGGCGAGGUCACGGCGGCGUCGCCGGGGCGGCGCGGCCGGAGGGCAUUAUCGGAAUUGCACCUCUCAUUGUAGAGACAUGGCUCAGUGUGUAUAUUGUGGUGUAGGACUAUUGGAUGGUUAUUACCAUGGUUGGUGUAUAUGACAAUUUUGCCCCUGGGCUUGUCAUACCCUAGCAGUAUGGCUGAGGGGUAAUGGCCCCUCGUAUGAGGACAUAAAUGGAAAUUUGGCAAAUGCCACUGGUUAUCCUUUGCUUCUGAAUUCCAAUUCCAAAUUUUUA